ACAUAAACCUCAGAAUUCAUUCAUCCUGUUUUGUGCUCAGACUGAAGAGUCUUUUGCAGGCUAUCACACAUACAGUAUCACUGAACAUGGAGUUCUGUUUUGGAUUACUUCACACUCGAGGAUCUAAGACCUCUUCCUCAUGGAUCAGCUUGACCUUUCUAUGCUCAAUGCUGUGCAUAUGGUCUAGUGUAGACUGCUGGUCCUACAUCUACUCAAAUAGCACCAUGAAAUGGGAGAAAGCUCGGACCUGGUGCCAGACGAACUACACAGACCUGGUGGCCAUCCAGAACCAGGAGGAGAUUGAAUAUCUCAAAUUGUGGCUUCCCAAGAAACCCUCCCACUAUUGGAUCGGCAUCCGCAAGGUCAAUAAUGUGUGGACCUGGGUAGGGACCAACAAGGCUCUGACAGAAGAAGCAACCAACUGGGACAAGGGGGAACCCAACAAUGGACAGAAUGGGAAGGUUCCUGGGUUAAAUGAGGACUGUGUGGAGAUGUACAUCAAAAGGGAUAAGGGGCCAGGAAAGUGGAACGAUGAGAGAUGCUCAAAGUUAAAGACUGCUCUUUGCUACACAGCUGCCUGUAAGAACGACUCGUGUCUUCAUGGAGACUGUGUGGAAACCAUCAACAGCCACAAAUGUGUUUGCCAUGAAGGCUUUUACGGAGAGAAGUGCGAGCAUGUUGUUCUGUGUAACAAAGGCGAGGUGUUCAACCCACAUAAAGGAAAAGUACAUUGCACUCACAAAUAUGAAGACUUCUCGUUCAAUUCCUCGUGCCAGUAUUCCUGCGAGGAAGGAUAUCUGCUGAGUGCACAAAGACCCCAGACAUGCACGGCCUUGGGAAAGUGGUCAGAGCAGCCUCCUACGUGUGAAUUGGUUCAGUGUCAGAAGCUGUCGCCUCCAUCAAGAGGAUCAAUGCAGUGCUCUUCUCUGGGCUCCUCCAGCUACAACUCCACGUGUGUGUUCUCUUGUGUUGAAGGCUAUGUUAUUGCUGGAUCUUCCUCCAACACUCUGCAAUGUGAAGGGUCAGGGAAUUGGAAUGACUCUCAGCCUUAUUGUGCUGCUGUUCAGUGUCCUGAUCUCAAGGAGCUAGAGAAUGGGGUUGUCAACUGUGGAGACAAUGCAGAUCUGCCGUUCAGCUACGGAAACACCUGCAGCUUCAGAUGUUCCUCGGGCUACCGCCUGGUGGGGACAAGCAGGGCAACGUGCACGUCUGCAGCAGAGUGGAGUGAGAAGAUGCCUCACUGUGAAGCUAUCACUUGCAAGAUUCCAGAGGGAGAUGCUCACCUGAUCACCAAGUGUAGUCAACCUGUUACUGAUCUGAGGUCAGACUCCACCUGCAGCUUCAAAUGUGAAGAUGGCUUUGAACUGCAGGGAGCAAACACCAUUCAGUGUUCUGAGGACGGACAGUGGAGUACAGCCAUACCUACUUGCAGAGCUGUGAGAUGUCCUUUUCUCAAAGAGCUUGAAAAAGGUGAAAUCAACUGUUCAAACAGUGAGCAAGAGUACAACUCACAUUGCUCCUUCAUCUGCAGCCAAGGUUACUCAUUAGAAGGACAUGACCUGCUGAUCUGUGAUCGCAAUGGCAACUGGACAGGAGAGAAACCCACGUGCCAAGAUAAAGCGCAGAAGACUCCAACGGCUCAGAUUACGGCCAUUGCCUCUGGUGUGGCAGCAGGGGGCACUCUCUUAUCCGGUCUGUCUCUGGCCAUGUGGAUCCUGAGAAAACUGAAGCAGAAAGCAAACAAAUUUGAGUUGAACAGCAACUCUGAGAUAGAGCCUCCCCCACAGACCUACAAAAACAGCAUUGACAGCCUCAUCUGUAGCUUCUUAACCGAGGUUACCUUUGGCUGGACAUAUCAUUACUCAACAACGACCAUGAACUGGACAGCUGCAAGAGAGUGGUGCCAGGAGCGGCACACAGAUAUGGUGGUCAUCCAAAACCAGGAUGAGAACAACUAUCUGGUCAAUAAGCUGCCCAUCAAAAAAAAGUACUAUUGGAUAGGAAUCACUAAACAACACAAGAAUGAAACCUGGACCUGGAUUGGGAAUAACAGCACAUGGAUAGGUAAUGAGUCAUGGGCAGCAAACGAACCCAAUAACGAUCACAGCACAGAGUUUUGUGUGGAGAUCUACGUGAACAACGACGCAAACAGGGGAAAGUGGAAUGAUGAGAAAUGUGCUAAUAAAAAAUAUGCUGCUUGUUACAAAGACCUGAGCAGCAGAGAAGGAGCACAGGCAUGGUCCUACAACAUCAGUUCAAACCGCAGAUGGCUUGAGGCCCGUCAGUGGUGCCAGCAGCACUUCACAGAUAUGGUGUCCAUCAGGAACCAGGAGGAAAAUGACUUCCUCAACAAACGGCUACUAUUUCUGAAAAACUAUUACUGGAUAGGCAUUAAAAAAGAGGAGGGAGAGUGGAUUUGGGCUCAAAACAAAAACAAGGUACCCCAAGAAGCUCAGAAUUGGGCACAAAAUGAGCCAGAUAACGUAGCAGCUAACAACUGUGUGGAGAUAUACAUUAAGAGGGAUACAGACCCAGGGAAGUGGAACAAUGAGCCCUGUCACAGGAGGAAGGGAACCCUCUGCUACGCGGAGUCUUGCACAAAGGAUUCCUGCAAUGCUCAUGCAGACUGUGUUGAGACUAUUGGGAACUACACCUGCAAGUGCCAUCCUGGUUUUACUGGAUCAAGCUGUCAAGAGGCAAUUGCAUGCAAGCCCUUGCUGGACCCAGAGCAUGGUUCUCAUUCGUAUAUCAAUCCCUAUGGGUUUAGUCGUUUCAACUCUUCCUGCCAUUUCCAAUGUGAACUCGGCUUCCAGUUGGUAGGAGUUUCCCGAUUGCUUUGCCAAGCUAGCGGUCAAUGGAACCACCCUGUUCCUCUGUGUCGAGUUAAAAAGUGUCCAGAUCUAGACCACGUGAACAUCAGCUCAGGUAAUAUGAACUGCAGCCAUCCCGUCGCACAUUACAGCUACAACUCCACCUGUGAGGUCAGGUGUGAUGAAGGCUAUGAGCUCAGAGGACAGGACCAGAUACGUUGUGACCAUACUGGCAAAUGGACAGGCAGUGUCCCAGCAUGCACUGUGAAAAAAUGUUCCCCCAUUCGGUUUCCUGUACCGGGCGACAUGUCAUGUGUGGACACUUUGGGGCCGUUCUCUUUUGGCUCAAAGUGUAACUUCACCUGCCAGGAAGGCUACAACCUGACUGGAGACAACACACUCACCUGUCUGGCCUCAGGACAAUGGAGCAAUCCUACACCGACAUGUAAAGUGGUACAGUGCAACAGUCUGAAGGAUUCACCAUAUGCCUCCAUGCAAUGCCAAGACCCUUUAGCAAAAUACAGCUAUGGCUCAAUGUGCACUGUAAAAUGUGUACAAGGAUUUGACAUGGUUGGUGCAAACAUGACAAAAUGUUUAUCACAGGGGAAUUGGAGUCAUGAAGUUCCUUUUUGCCAAGCUAAGAUGUGUCUCACUCGGAGCUCUCCCUCUCAUGGCUUCUUAAACUGCUCUGGUCCACAUGGAGAGUUCAGAUUUGGCUCUCAUUGUACAUCGACUUGCGAGAAAGGAUUUGUCCUGAAUGGGACGGCAGACACUGAGUGCAACUCUCUGGGCAUGUGGAGCAGUAGAAUUCCCCGCUGUCUGGCACAACCAUGCCCCCUUCUGGUCAAAGCUCCACACGGGAGGAUGAAUUGCAGCCAUCCAUACUUACCUUUCAGUUUUGGCUCCCUCUGUGACUUUGAAUGUAAUGAAGGCUUCAGGCUGAAAGGAAAACAAUCUCUGACAUGUAAUACCUCAGGUCACUGGUCUCAGGAUCUCCCCACCUGCCAGCCUGUACAGUGUGGUACCCCUCGUGCCCUGUCUUUGAUCCUCUCAAUGAACUGCUCACAUCCUCUGGGAGAUUACAGCUUUGGCUCCCAGUGUAAUUUCACAUGCAAAGAGGGAUUCUCUCUGAAGGGUACGGAGGUGCUGUUUUGCUCCUCUGGCGGGUUAUGGAAUGACAAUCUACCUCACUGCACAGUGGAUGGUAUGCCAUUGGGGACUGCCCUGCUGACGUACACGGGUGUGGGAGCAGCCUCUGUUGCCGUUCCUCUUCUCCUGAUAGGCCUGGCUUUCUUGAUUAUUAAGCGGUUUAAGAAAAGAGGAGACGCAAUCGUAUCUGAUUCAACACCAUGGGGAGACAGAGAGAAUCCAGCAUUUGAAUUUUGAUUCUUUUUUAUUAUCCUUUAUUGAGACUUUAUUUUUGAUGGAAUUUAUUUUAAGCAACUGCAGAAUGUAUAAUUACCUGCAUCUUAUUGCAUAUCUCUAAUAAUACAAGGAUUACAGUAGGAUUAAGGGCAUAAAAAACAACUAAUCACAGAAGCCUUAUACUUUACAUAAUUAUGCACAUUGUCUAUGCAAACCUUUACCCUUUGUUUAUAAAUAACCCAAUCAAGAUACACAAUUUGUCCAUAAUAUAUUUUUCUAAAAAGAUGCAGAUUUGUGUGCAGCUUUAGCUUUUGCUCUUUGUUGAUUACAUAAUUGUCAAUAAAGUAUCCACAUUUCUUGAA